UCGUGCCUAUCAGUGUCAUUUUGACAGGGCGUGAGGAACGUAAGGGCAGGUGAGAGUGGAGAUGAGGCAGUUACCAUGCGGCGAGAGGGCAAUGCACUUCUGUUCCACCUGUAGCACCACUCACUCCAGACUCGAGAAUGUGAACACACUCUAAAAGCAGCUCAGGAAACAGAAACAAGACAGGAACACAAACAGGCUUGUACGGCGUACCGUGCUGCAGCUGCUCGGCUGGUCAAGCGUACACUGUUGUGUGAUCUCAGCGCUCUGCAUGUACACAGGACCGUAAUUCCAAGACAUAAAUGAGGUUUGAAUGACCGGAUGUACCUGUAAGAUGGACCUGGGAGCGAAUGUGUGGCACACCCAGGCGACGGUGGAUGCUGAAGUGGAGAAAGGUCCUGAGCUGCAAUGCUCCAUUUGCUUCACCACCUAUGACAAUGUCUUCAAAACCCCAAAACAGCUGGACUGCACACAUACGUUCUGUCUGGAGUGUCUCUCACGCCUCAUGGCCAUUUCCAUGGACCCUCAGGAAAGCAAAAUCUCAUGUCCCUUCUGCCGACACCUUACGACCAUCCCUAAAAAUGGCCCACCGGCUCUGACCACCAGUCACGAGGUUCUGUGUCGUCUUCCCAAGCACCAGCAGCAUGAGGAGCCCGUGUGGCUCGAGGGAGACAAGCUGUGCUACAAGCGGCCAUUUAAAACAGGCAUGCCGGCUUUCUGCAUCUGUAUAGACAUUGGUGGCAGUGGGCAAGGUGCAGUUUCUCCACCUCAGAUGCGCUCCAGGCCAGCCCUGAUAGACAGACUCACUAACUGGAAGAAGUUGCUGCUGUUUAUUGUAAUCACGGUGCUGGUGGCGGUGAUUGUGUUGUGGCCGCUGCAGUGUAUCGUCACCACGGGAUCGAUGCGCUGUGUUCCCCGAUCCCCGUAUCCCAACACCAGCACCAUUGCACCACGCAUACUGAUGGACCCAUAACUGACACAAACUCUUCGCACACAAACACACACAAACUGUUCGUCUUACACUCCUGAGACUGUACACUCAACAAUGAUGGACAAGACACAAAAAUAAAGGAUGUUAUUAUUAGAAACUGAAAAUGGGCUUCCAAAAGUUCUGUGUGACCUUUCAGUUCUAAUUAGUGUUCUUGCCAUGUCAUGUAUACACUGUCAUGUAUGAACUGGCCAUUCAUUCAUUCUCUCAUUCAUUUAUUUGUUUAUUUCUUUUGUUCAGGGUUGUGGUGGAAUCCAAACACUGAACAUGAGGUAAGACUACUUGAUGUCUUAUCACCAAUACGGCACACACACACACACACACACACACACACACACACACACACACACACCUCACCAGUCCACCUAACAUGUUGUUUUAGAAGGUGAAAAGAAACCAGAGAACACAAUGAAACUCAGACAGACACAUGGAGAACAUCAAACACUCCACACAGACAGAAACCUGAGUUCAUGAUCAAACCCUGAAGCUGAGACGUGGUGACAUUUCCCACUGCGCUACAGUUUACCAAGGGUAAUGCAAAUAUUUUCAUCAGCCUCUUGAGAUAAAUCAAUGGCUAAAUCUUUGAUCAGUAAGCACAGGACUGGAGUGAGUUAUUAUAGCACUAAUGAGAUGAUGAGGUAGCAGCCGUGCACAAAGGUACCACCAUUUAAAGGUCCAAAACUGUGGACGUCAGCACUUUCAUUAUCUGUGAUUGUAGAAACUAAUGUGAGUUUGUUUGCAUUUUUUUAAGAGCCAAAGCCAAAAGAUUUUUUUAACUGUAUGAAAAAAAAGAGAGAAAUUGUUGAUCUUGGAACAGUAUUUAAGUGGUUCUUUCCAGUGGGUGAGACAUCACAUGCCAAAAUCCAUUAAAAGGUUAUAUUAACUUUUUUGGUAAGUGCACUAUGAAUAUCUUUGUGGUUUUUUCAUACCCACCAGCAUUUCUGUAAUAAUUCUGUCUUGUAUUCUGGUGUAUUUGUUCACAUCGUAUUUUGGACUAUAUCUCUUUUUGUUUGUGUACAAAAUAGUAAAUGCUGACUAAACACCAACGUUCAGAGGAAAAAUGUCCAUGAUCGAGCCUAAUGGUUCUGUUUUAAUACGGUAAACACACAAUUUGCUGUAAACACACAAUUUGCUGUAAACACAAUCUUUGCUAACUUUCUGUUCUGUGUCAGUAUUGGUAGCUCAGUUUCCCAUGUGUGACCUGAACUGGAACUCAGCCAGUCAAUCAUGAACACACACACACACAAAUACACAAACACACACACAAAUACACACACACACACAAGCACACACACAAAUACACAAACACACACACACAAAUACACAAACACACACAUACACAAAUACACAAACACACACACAAAUACACAAACACACACAUACACACGAAUACACAAACACACACACAAACAAAUACACACAAUCACACACAAAUACACAAACACACACAAGCACACAAAUACACAAACACACACACAAAUACACAAACACAAAUACACAAACACACACACAAAUACACAAACACACACAAGCACACAAAUACACAAACACAGACACACACAAAUACACAAACACACACACACACAAACACACACAAAUACACAAAUACACACACACACACACACACACACACACAGGUAAACCGAGCCCAAAACUGAAGUGUUUGUAAAGAUGAUCACCUACUCAUUUCUUCUGGGCUUUUUAACAUCCACAACAUAUGAAUUAAAGUAUUUCAUUCCGAAGAAUUUGUGGGUUUGGAAGUGAAGUUAAAAGUAAAAGACGUGUGAAACAGUA